AGAGUUGGUCUAGCCUCUUUCUGAUGGAUUGAAGGAGGAGGAAGAUGCCCAUGGUAUAGGUGGGGAUGGCUUGCAAAACUGCUUGAGGAAAGUCUCUUUUCCUGCUACUGAGAGGCAUGUUGUCUUCCAAUUUGUGAUCUUUGCCCAAGCUCUAUCAAUAAGGCUGUGAAAGGCUGCAGUUUUGGCUCUGCCAACCAUGGUAGGGAGCCCCAGAUAUUUUUCAAAGGAGCCUGAAGUCUUGAUCCCAGCAAUUCUCAAGAUUGUUUUCUGGUUUUCAAGUGGGGUGUUUUUGCUAAAGAAGAUAGAGGAUUUUUUCUUGUUGAGUACCUGUCCAGAAGCACUUUCAUAGGUGCCAAGAAGCCUCAUCAGGAUUUUUUGGAGUACUGAUCUGUUGCUUUGCAUUGAGGCCUCCGCAGCUACUAAUCACAAUUGUGCGGCAUACAAAGUCCAUCACUACAAUGGAUCCUAAAAUCUAUAAAGCGGCGGCGAAAGGCAACCUGCAGGACGUCUUGGAACAUGGAAGUCGCGAUCAACUUGAUAAGUUUUUAACAGUUAAUAAAAAUACAAUCCUACAUAUUUGCAUUUUAAGUAUCCUCGUCGAAGAAAAGUUUCCCGCCACUGGAGGAACCGACCCAGUCUCAGCGGCAAGAUUUGUGGAAGAUGUACUGAACAGGUGUCCGUCACUUUUAUUGAAAGCCAACGCGAAAGGCGAUACUCCGUUACAUGUGGCGGCAAGGUAUGGGCAUGCUUCCAUUGUUAAAGUCCUGAUUGAACAUCAAAAACCCCAACAUCAAGAUCUCGAAAGUGGAGGAGUCGUUGAAGCUACUAGGGAGAUGAUUAGGAAGCAGAACAAAGGGGGAGAAACGGCCUUGCAUGAGGCUGUACGUGAGAAUCACAUUGACGUGGUAAAACAGUUACUAAUGGAGGUAGGUCCAGGAUUUUCUUUUGGUGCUAAUGCUGCUGGUGAGACCCCACUUUACUUGGCUGCCAAGGGACACUUUCCAGAUUUGGUGUCAGAAAUUUUAAACAAUUUGAACUCACCAGCUUCUGAUGGACCCUUCGGUACAACGGCUUUGCAUGCUGCAGCAUUUCGGGAUGAUGAAGGAAUGAGUAAUAAGAUUUUGGAAAGAUACGGACGCGAUCUAUGUAAACAAGCAGACCAAAAUGGUUGGACUCCGCUUCACAUGGCUGCAUACAUGGACAACUUUAAGCCAGCAAAACUAUUGCUGGAAUCUGAUAGAGAGGUAGCAUAUAAGAAAGACGCAGAGGGUAGGACAGCUCUUCACAUUGCAGCUCUACGCAACAACAGCUUGGUGACGGAAGUGAUUAUAUCAAUGUGUCCGGAUUGUUGCGAAGUGGUUGACAAUGAAGGCCGCAAUGCACUCCAUCUCGCCGUGAUGACCAAAUUGCGGCCAGAUGUAGCGCUAAUCAUCCAAGAUAAUUCGUCUCUCCAGAAUCUUUUGAAUCAGAAGGACAACGAGGGGAAUACACCUCUCCAUCUCUAUUGCAAUUCUGAUGGUUACCACGAGCGUGUCCUGACUUCUCCAAGAGUUGACAAAAUGGUCUUCAACAAAGAGAACCAGACUGCUUAUCAAAUCUUAAGAAGUAAAGGCUUUCAAACUGGUGAUGAUCAAUUUAAGAAGAUGAAGAACAUUUUUGAAGACACAGAAGAUUAUAGGUUCUUUAACUAUGGACGAGCAUUAGAAGUUGGGUAUGCUGACAUUAAUAUGAAGGAGCCGAAUGGGGAGGAUGUGAAGUUGAAGCAGGAGAGGGAGAAAAAGAUGGAAGAGGAGGAUAAAGCGGCUCAAGUCCAUUUGGUUGCUGCUGCACUCAUUACAACCGUGACCUUUGCAGCAGGCAUUAACAUGCCGGGGGGUUUCAUUGGUGGAGAUGAUCAUCCACAUCCAGGCUCUGCAGUUUUGGAAAAAAGUGUUGCUUUCAAAGUAUUCAUCAUUACAAACGCCUUAGCGUUGAUGCUAUCUAGUUCUGCUGUCUUUAUCCACCUAUUUAUUCCGCUUAUGCCUUCUGAGGACUUGUUCAAAACGCGCACAUGUUUUCUUCAACUGGCCUUUUGGUUUCUUCUUUCCUCCAUGGCACCAAUGGUUUUGGCCUUCGUGACAGCAUACAGAGGCGCCAUCAUUGCAAUGGAUCCUAAAAUCUAUAAAGAGGCAGUGAAAGGCAACCUGGAGGUCUUGGAACAUGAUAUCUCCCAUCCACUUGAUGGGUUUUUAACAGUUAAUCAAAUUACAAUCCUACAUAUUUGCAUUUCAAGUAUCCUCGUUGAGGAAGAGUUUCGGAAUCAAGUAUCCUCCUUGAUGGGUUUGGAACAUGAUAUCUCCCAUCCACGUGCAGCGCUAAUGAUCCAAGAUAAUUCGUCUCUCCGGAAUCUUUUGAAUCAGAAAGACAACCACGGGAAUACACCUCUCCAUCACUAUUCCAAGUGUUUUUGGUACCACGAGCGUCUCCUGAAUUCUCCAAGAGUUGACAAAAUGGUCUUCAACAAAGAGAACCAGAAUGCUUAUCAAAUCUUAACAAGUAAAAGCUUUCCAACUGAUGAUGAUGAUGAUAAGUUUACUAAUCUUGAAAGUGAGGACUUUGAGCAGUGUUUGGUUGGUAUGGAAAGAAAGGUUACUCCUGAGAUGAAUGAGGCCUUGAGCAUGGAUUUUUCUAGGGUGGAGGUGGAGGAAGCUUUGAAACAAAUGGCGCCUCUUAAAGCCGCGGGACCAAAUGGGGCUAAGUUAGAAGAAUGGAAUAGGAUUAAGGAGGUGUUGAAUACCUAUGAGAUGGCCUCAGGGCAGUUUUUAAAUAAGGAUAAGACCUCAGUCUUCUUUAGCAGUAACACAAGGGAAGGAGACAAGAAAAUGAUUAUGGAAGUCAGCAAGUCAAUAGCUUAUGGCAGUUAUGAGAGGUACUUGGGUCUUCCUGCUUUUGAAGAUGCCAAAGUGGAACAACUUAUUGAUAAGCAUAAGGGGGAAUGGAAUGAGGGAAGGAUCCGAGAAAUUUUUUUAGAAGAAGAGGUUGCUCAAAUUCUAAAAAGGCUCAAGAAUGAAAGAGGAGAUUGCUUAGUAGGGGCUGUUAUAGAUGAGAGGUGGAGAAACAUUUGGAAUCUUGAAGUUCCAAGUGUAACAAAGUUGUUUUUGUGGAGAGCUGGAAAUAACCGACUGCCUACAAAGGAGAAUUUGUUUAAAAGAAAGGUAGUUGAAGACAAAAGUUGCCUAGUUUGUAGUGUAGAAACAGAAACUAUUAUGCAUGCUUUGUGGGUUUGUCCAGCAGCCAAUGACAUAUGGGCUGAGGUUGGAGGUUGUGUGCAAAAAUGGGGAAGAACAGAAGAGGAGUUUCUAUUGUUAUGGGGGAAGUUAAUGGGAAGGUUGAGCAUGAAGAAGUUAGAAGAUAUGGUUGUUUUACUUAGGAGAGUUUGGCUACACAGGAAUGAGUUUGUUUUUGAGAAGAAGCUAGGCUGUCCUAAGAUACUGGUGAAGACAACUUUAGAAAGUUUACUCGAGUUCAAGGCAGCUCAGAUUCUCACAAAACAAGUGGUGAAAGGGCAAAACAACAAUGCAAGGAGUGCUAUGAGUUGGGAGAAACUAGAGAGUGGAUGUGCGAAGGUGAAUCGAGAUGCUUCAUUAAACUUGAAAGAGAGAAGAAUGAGGGCUGGGAUCAUAGUUAGAGUACCGAAAGUAGAAGCUUUAGUUGCUAUUUGUGAUCAGAAGGCCAAUGUUGACAGUUCAGUGGUGGCAUAA